AUGAAUGACUUCGAUACAGAGCGAAAGCUCGCUCGCACGCUACUAAUGGAGUUGAUGGUAUACCAACCAUUAUUCGACAAAACAAAAAAAACUGCUGCUAGUAUGGCCUUCAUCUCCAGCGGCCAAGGCGGACAGUACCCGCAGAUGGGACAAGAAUUGCUCGAUGUAUGCCCCGUGUACGCGAAGUCAAUUGCUCGUGCUUCCCAACAUCUGGCGGCAAUCGGCUGUCCAUGGGACAUGGCGACCGAAAUCACCAAGCACCCUGAAGGUUCUCAGAUCGAGGAGGCAGAAUUCUCAUGUCCUAUGACUGUAACUUUGCAGCUCGCCCUCAUAGACACUUUUGCCGAGCUUGGGGUACAUCCAUCUUUUGCUUUGGGACAUUCAAGCGCUGAACUUGCGGCUGCGUACUGCGCAAAGGCAUUAACAUUCGAAGAUGCAGUUACUGUUGCAUAUCAUACUGGACGUCUGAUUAGUGACAUGAAGAGGGAAAGGGGCGAGCUUGUCGGUAGCAUGCUCGCAGUUGGCGCUUCCUACGACAUGGUCAAUGAUUUUAUGAAGCUUGCCUCCAAUGCUGCCACGACUGGAGCAAUCAAAAUGGCUUGCAUUAACAGUCCCACGAGUGUCACGGUUUCUGGAAAUGACACUGCGAUUUUCGACCUGCAGCAGAAAUUGGAGCUUAGAAAGAUUUUCAAUCAAAAGAUGCGAACAGGGGGCGCUGCAUACCAUUCGCAUCAAAUGGAUCAGGUCGCAACCGAGCUCUUACAGAAGUUGCAAGGCAUCAAGGGAAAUCAGACUGAUGCUUCUGUCACGACGAUAUCCUCCUUGACAGGGGAAGACACUGGGGAAACAGUCUUAGGGAAAGAUUAUUGGCUGCAAAACCUGACCUCGCCUGUCAAAUUCAUGGAGGCAACCUCCAGAAUCUCCAGUGGACAAGCCCAUAACAUCUCCACCGUCUUCCGAACUGUGAUUGCCUCCAUUUUAGCCAGUCCACAAAGACUAAUAUCAGAUGUGGACCUGAUGAGCACUGAGAACAAACGCCGUAUACAACAGUGGACAGCUAGCGUACCGCCUACCAUCAAUUCAUGUAUGCACCAUGUCAUAUCGGAGCAAGCGCGAAAUACACCAAAUGCCCCUGCUCUUCAUUCCUGGGAAGGUGACUACACAUAUGCCGAGCUGGAUUUUGCCUCAACUUGGUUGGCAAGACACUUGGUUAGUUACGGGAUAAAGCCGGACGACUGUGUUCCGCUGUGUUUUGAGAAGUCUCUCUACACUCCCAUUGCAUUGCUAGCUAUUCUCAAAUCUGGUGGAGCCUUCGUGCUGCUUGAUCCUAAGCAUCCAGCUGAUCGUCUCAAGGGAUUAAUGAAAGAUCUCAAUGCAAGAUUUAUCAUCGCAUCGGAACGUACGCGGGACUACUGUGAAACUUUGAUUGGAAAUGUGGUUGUCGUAUCGCCCGCAAUUCUUGGCUCCUUGCCAGACGGCGAUGAUAGCCAAAUCGAAAUGACACCUGCGGUGACUCCCCGGAACAUCAUGUAUGUUCAAUUUACAUCUGGAUCGAGUGGAGUACCGAAGGGCGUGAUCAUUUCUCAUUCCGCUGCAUGCUCCUCGGUACAUUACCACGGGUCUGUGAUGGGAUUGGGUCCAGCAAGUCGCACAUUUCAAUUUUCUUCUUACGUUUUCGACGCGGUCAUUCUCGAGAUCUUCACGACGCUCUAUCACGGUGGUUGCGUUUGCAUACCAUCAGACGACGACCGAAUGAGCCGCAUGGCGGAUACCAUGCGAAAUAUGCAUGUCAACAUGAUUUUUACGACCCCGACCGUAGCUCAACUAUUCAAACCAGAUGACGUACCCAUGCUGAAGACCCUAAUGGUUGGUGGUGAACUCGUCAACACUGGCACCGCUGAGAUUUGGCGAAGAAAGGUGAAUCUCUUUAAUAUCUAUGGCCCCUGUGAAUGUACGGUUUAUUCUACAUACAAUGCUCUGAGUACCAACAACCCACGGCCAGAGGUGAUUGGAUGCCCCGUCGGCUCAGUGGUCUGGCUUGCGGAUCCUAACAACCAUGACAAGUUGGUCCCAGUUGGUGCUGUGGGAGAACUGAUAGUUCACGGGCCAAUUGUGGGUAGGGGCUAUCUCAAUGAUGUACAACGAACAGAUGCAAGCUUCCUCUCGAACACCAGUUGGCUGUCGCAAUAUCAUGGCAGUAGUGAGCAUCGCCUCUACAAAACUGGCGACCUGGGUCGUCAAAACUCCGAUGGUACUAUCACCGUCAUUGGGAGGAAGGAUACGCAGUUCAAAAUUUAUGGACAACGCAUCGAGUUCACCGAGAUUGAACCCCACAUCAAGGCUCAAUUCCCAGGAGCCUUGCAGGUUGCCACUGAUGUGGUGAGUCCAGCACACCUUGAUGGGUGGCCAUUACUUUCUGUUUUUAUCAAUUUGAAUGGAUUUGGCAGCCCAGCCCAUGAUGUGAUUGGUAGUAUUUUGUCCAUGAAAGAAAGCUGUCGCGCAACAAUGGUUGAGAUCGAAACCGUUUUGACCAAGAAUUUGCCGCCGUACAUGAUUCCCAAACUGUGGUUUCCUAUUUCUCGAAUGCCUUUGCCAACAUCUGGAAAGACAGAACGCAAGUUAUUAAGAUCCUGGGGUGCUUCACUCUCAGAAGUACAGAUUAGCCAAUAUGCUUUGAGCAAUGGAUCCAAAGCAGAGCCGUCGACUGAGAUGAAACGCAAGCUAGCAAAUCUCUGGCAACGAGUACUCAACGUUUCUUCUGCUAGUCGAGAAGGUAGCUUCUUCAGGCUCGGUGGUGACAGUAUUUCUGCAAUGCAACUUGCAUCAGCAGCACACAAAGGGGGAAUCCAACUUUCAGUUGCCGAUGUCUUCCGCAAUCCCAACCUUCUUGAUAUGGCAGCCAAUAUUUGCACAUCGCAGACAAAUGGAAAAGUUUUCGAAUCUGAAAUUGUGACGCCGUUCAGUCUUUUAAGGCCCGGGAUAGACGGUUCGCGGUUCCUGAAGUCUGCUGCCAAGAAGGCCAACAUUCAUAGCGACUGGAUUCAAGACGCGUACCCCUCCACACCUUUACAAGAGGGCAUUAUGGCAUUGACGGCACGGGAUGCGGGUUCCUAUGGCUGGCAAGAUGUUCUCGCAGUCCCUGCCUCCAUUGGUUUGGGUCGAUUCCGCGCAGCAUGGCAAGCGGUAGUGGGUGAGCUAGACAUCAUGCGCACAAGAAUGGUUGAAAUGGAUCACCACGACCACCUGAUCCAAGACAAGAAAAUUCCGUUUGGCUACGGCGCACCUCUCUAUCGGUUUUCCAUCGUCACCCAAGGGUCCAAAAUAUACUCUGUCUCCAGCGCCCAUCAUGAUAUUUUAGAUCGUUGGUCAAUCUCUUUGAUGAUGGACCGCAUAGCGUCUCACUAUUUGUUGCAAAGGCUACCCCCUGCGCCGCCGUUCAGAGGCUUUAUCAAAUGGAUGUGCUCUUGUGACCCGACAGGCUCCGAUAGUUAUUGGAGAUCACGCUUUGAAAGUUCAUCCGCUGUGGAAUUCCCUCGCUCCGUGUUAGGCCACCGUUCUCGGGCCACAGUAGUUGCGAAGCACUCGAUCCCUGUAUCCCCCAAGAGGAGCUCCAGCAAAUUCACCAUUUCGGCCCUCCUCAGGGCAGCAUGGGCUCUCACCAUCAGCCAACAUAGCGGCUCAGAAAAUAUUGUGGCACCACUAAUUACCGUGGUACCUUUCAAAGUCGUGAUUGGGAAGCAGAGCCUGAUCGCCGAGUUUCUAAAGGGCAUUCAUCAAGACACUGUUGUCAUGAUUCCAUACGAGCAUGCUGGUCUUCAAAAUAUUGCGCAGCUCAAUGUACAGUGCCGGUCCGCGUCCAAGUUUCAGAACUUGCUUGUGGUUCAGUCACAGCAGCAUCAGCAACAGGGAAAGCUCCCGCUAAGCCUCGAACGUCUAGACGUGGUACAGAAUGAUGUUCUAUCCUACGGAGUUGUCCUGGUGUGCGACCUCACUGAGAGUUCAGUCAUGCUACAGGCUGCCUUUGACCCAAAAGUGAUAUCCCACACGAUGAUUGACAUUUUGUUAGCGCAGUUCGGGCAUUUUUUCCAGCAGCUACAUAAUCCCCAAUACGCUCUCAUGCCAUUGAAAGAUCUCCAAUUGGUUGGAGAGCACGAUUUGCGGCUACUGGUGGUUUGGAAUCGACCACGUAGCGCUGAGCGGGUCGAUAAAUGCGCGCAUGAUUUGAUACACAAGCGCACACUCGCCCAACCUGAGCCAGUGGCUAUUGAUUCAGCAGACGGCCAAUUCACGUAUGCUCAAUUGGAUCAUCUUUCCACCAAUCUUGCGUUCCAUCUUCAAGAGUAUCAUCGGGCCGGCCCCGAGACCAUCGUUCCUCUUUUCUUCCGCAAGUCAGCUUGGGCUAUAGUUUGCAUUCUCGCUAUUACGAAGGCUGGUAGUGCUUUUGUCUUCCUGGAUCCCGCACAUCCAAUGGACCGUCUGAUGUACAUUGCCGGUCAGAUCCAAGCAGCCUUCAUUAUAACAACCCCAGAACUCUCGUACAUGUGGGACAAAACAGUCCUUGAACCCCUUCGAAUUACAGAUAGCUUCACGAAUGAGCUUCCCAUACAGCAACAGCUACCGGUGACAAGUGUGGAUCCACAUAAUAUGCUUUAUGUGAUCUUUACAUCCGGCUCGAGUGGAUCGCCAAAAGCAUGUGUAGUUUCACACGCAUCUUUUCUCAGUGGUGCUGUUCAGCACAUCCGACAGAGCAGGCUAAUUCCAGCCGCUCGCAUUCUUCAAGCAGCACCAAACACUUUUGAUGUGAGUAUACUGGAGACGUUGACAGGGCUUAUCUCUGGUGCUUGUGUCUGUCUACCGAGAACAGAACAUCAAAAUCUCCCCGUUUCCCAGAUCAUCAACGAUUUGAAAAUCACCUGGAGCUUCCUCACCCCUUCGGUCGCCCGAACAAUUAGCCCGAAUGACUGCCCCAGCCUGAAAACUCUCAUUCUUGGUGGUGAGUCACUCUCACGCGUGGACAUCGAGACAUGGGCCGGAAAGGUGCACCUAUGUAAUGGAUACGGGCCCAGUGAAUGUUCUGUGGCCUGCACAGCCAAUAUCAACAUAACAGUCGGGACUGAUCCAGCAAACAUCGGAAGCACGAUGUGCUGCAAUGCUUGGGUGGUAGAUUCGGAGAAUUCGAAUUCUCUCUUGCCGAUUGGAGCAGUCGGAGAACUAGUGAUCCAAGGUCCCGCUGUCUGCCGAGGAUAUCUGAAUGAGCCAGAUAAGACCAAUGCUGUCUUUAUCGAUUCUCCUUCGUGGCUUAAUCGUUUCGGUUCGAACUUUCGCUCAGAAAAUCGAAUGUAUUUGACCGGAGAUUUGGUCAGAUAUAACGAUGAUGGAACUUUGACGUUGGACGCAAAGACACUCAAGUUAAAAUCCGUGGGCAGCGCAUUGAGCUGGGCGAUAUUGAACAUCACACAUCUUCCCAUCCAUCUGUCAGACAUGCUGCAGUUGAACUUCCAAGAUCCGGCAGAUAUCAAGAUAGCUUAG